ACAAGCGAAAAGAAAAAAGUUAAACGAAGAAGACGAAAGAGAGAAAAUUUUAGGUUUUUGAUUUUUCAAUGGCGACGACGACGGGACACGAGAGAUCAAAGACUCUUAUCAAUUUCUCGUUACCGAAGUUGUGGGGGACUCAACGACUUCUGCGGUGUGGGAAGGGUGAUGAUUCUGACGGUGACGGUGGUGAAGGUUCUAGCUCCGGCGGUGAUCAACGAAUCCGUCGCCGUUCUUCGAAUUUCGAAUCCGAUCAUCAGAAUCGACGAUUAAAGGUUGAAUCAUCGGAGAAAGAAGGAAUCGAAGAGUUUAGAGAGAAGAUUAUGUUAGAUCUUAGAAACGUUGCUGAUAAGAUGAAGGAAUCUAUAUUUAGGCAACAAGUACUUCUCGGCGAAGAAGAAGAAGAUAAGGAGAUUGAGAUUGAGAGGGAUGAUUCUCCGCCGGAAGCGACGGGAGCGGCGACGGUGGAGGUACGGCCGUGGAAUUUGAGAAAGAGAAGAGCUGCUUGUAAAGCUUCGAUUUCUUUAGGAAUUGAUUCGAAAAAUCAGUGUAAGGAAUCAGUGAUGAAUCCGUCGAUGUUAGGAAACGAAUUGGGGAAAGAUAGGUCGAGAUUGUUGUAUACGUUGUCGAAGAAGGAGAUUGAAGAAGAUUAUAUGAUGAUGAUAGGGUUAAAACCACCGCGUAGGCCUAAGAAACGAUCAAGAACUGUUCAAAAACAGAUCGAUUUGUUGAAUUUUGCUUCUUAUAUAACUGAAAUCACUGAAGAUCUUUAUAAUGUUCCUGACCAAGCUGAGAAGAGAAAGGUAUGAUCUUGGUUUUAUAUUGUUAAGUGAAUUCAUGUGUGGUUGCUAAAUUUUGGUUACUGAUUCUGCAGAGUUGAUGAUGAUAAUGAUGGAUUGGAGUUAGAAUGUGAGAUCAAAUUAUAGUCUUGAAGUUUGUGAAUUGCUCAGUUUUGCUUCUUUGUUAGUUCGAAUGUUCAUUGGCUGAGAAUAACCUGUACAAAGAUAUGGGACAAAAGUAGUUCUGUUUCAUUGGAACUUCUUCAUUGGAACAUACUCUUCUUUGAUUUUCUGUUAGGCAGUAAAGAAAAAACCCAACUUUAAUCAAUAAAUAUCAUUUUACCAAAUCUUGCCUUGUGUGAGUGACGACGAUCCAAGCUAAUAGAUGUAGACUGUUGUUGUGUUUCUGCGUAUUGAUGCUUGGCCUUCUUGAAUUACCGGAAGAGGUUACCUAGUAUCGUCUAUGAUCGAUUACUAACCUUCCGUGGGGUUCACUACGAAGAAUGAGUUAAGACAUUGUGUGUUUAGCAGUCAUGAAUCUUGUUUUUGGGUACAUUGUAUAUUAGAAGGUUCAGCCAUUUUGGCAAAAGCGGGUGUGUACACGGUCAAUGAAAC